AUGUCACUACCCACCCACUGCACGGAUGCACCAGCAAAGGACUCAGCAUCGAUCAGCGAAGCUCACGAUAUAAUCAUCCCCGCUCCAAGUAUGCCCUACAACGAUGGCAGUAUUGCCACCUCUUCUGUUUCUCAGGACAGUUGUAGCACUGUAGCCACCUUUCCGUGGAGUCCAGAGGCCGGUAAUGCGGAUGUCAUGCUUCAGAAUAUCAAUGAUGAGACAUUUCCCGCCCUCGAAAUGUCAGCAUCAAUGGGAUGGAACGAAAAUUUUCUCCCCGAAAACUAUCCUUCUGAAUAUCACAGCGAGCUGCUCUCGUACUUUUCUCAAAUACCGGAGCAACAUAAUAUACCGAAACUGCCUGGUCCCGGUGAGCCACUAUCACUUCCUCAAGUUCCACCACUGCUUUCUUCAUCUGGUGCUUCAUCGUCCAUAGGGCUAGGGCUGUCUCCCAAUGGCGACUUUAGCUGCGACGAGGACUUAUUUGCAAACAACUUUCUCCCAGGACACAGUACGGUCUCCAGUAAUACCGGAGAACUCUUCGAGGAGCUGUCUCAGAGGGGAGGUAUGGCUGAGCCGUUGGGUAUAGCACUGGCUUGUGCCUCUGCGUACGACAGCUGUGUCGAGUCAAGCUCGAGCUUUAUCGACACCAUGAUAAAUACUCAGCGGGAGAAGCUGAUCCGAGAGUUCCAUCUGUAUGUGGAUCAGCCGGAAACAUGUCUGGCUGCGCUCCAUGCCGUUAGCGUUUAUCAAAUCCUCAGCUCCUUGGGUGAUCGGAGCACAACAACAGGCCCCGUUGAAGUUGAUAGGCCGCAAACGGGAUCGGGACUGGCGGCCGAGUUUCAUAUUUCAUUUUUAUUAAAGAUGACUCGUCGGCUGUGUAGUUUAUAUAAAGAAGCCGUCACCUCGGACACAGAGACCGACUGGAAUCGCUGGAAAUUCGCAGAGUCACUGCGACGAUGUGUAUUUUUUGUCAACUUAAUCAAUGUUCUAGCAGCAAGGUGUCGCAGAUUUCACUUCGAUUAUUUUGAGCCUUUGGACGACACCCUCAUCCUCCAGAUGCCUCUCCCUACCACAGAGCAGACAUGGAGGGCGGGCAAUGAGACCCAGUGGCAGAUAUGCCGGGAAGAUACCCAGAUAAUACGUCCAGCCCCCACGCUGCAGAAACUUAUGGAGAUAGAUGAUGCAGGCCAGCUGGAUCGUGCUACCCUUACACCACUGACCAGAAUUAUCCUUGCUUGCGCAAGGGUGGAUCUAGAGGCCGACUGGAGAGACGGAUAG